GUAUCCGAAAGCAUAAUUUAAAAAUGGCCGUUUGUGUUUUGUUUUAAUUUUAGUUUCUCGUUUGAAUUUUCUUCUUAUUUAUUUUUAAAUGUAGGUUUGUUAAUGUUAUAAACACUAAAUCAAUCACUUAACUAGUGUAUCAGAUCAUUGUUAAAGUGUUGUUAAUUUGCUAAACUACUUAGUGAGUAAAAAUGCCGCGAACGAAAAGACCUGUGAGGAAACAGGAAAAGAGUUCCGAAGACGAUGAUGCAUUGAAAAAGCUAAAUAAACUGGUGACAGAUCAAAAGAAUAAAAUAGAUAAUCGGGCGCAUAUGGAGCUAAGGAACGUGGAACUAGCGUUCAAGAUAUUGCUCGGAUCUAUCAGCAAUACGUACCUGACGAAAACAGUUGGACAAUUGAAAACAGAACUGCAUUUGAAAGAAGUGACAAACACAAGGAGGACUCGCCACUCAAGCCGCUCAGCAUCGCAUGAUGAUGGGUAUCUGACGGAGAACUCGUCGCACGGCUCCGGUGGCGCCGGCAAGAAGCAUCUCGCGGUCCCCUCGUCGUCCAGCCGCUCGACGGCGGCGGCGCGUCGCUCCCGCUCGGCGGACGCGUCGUGCCGCAAGCCGGCGCCGCCCACGGCCGCCAAGACCGCCAGCAGGCGCCGCUCGCGCUCCGUAUACCGCACGCCCGCAUAUAACAAGAACGCCGCGGUUAACUACCCCGCCAUCACGCCCAAGGUAACUCCACAAACUCCGCUGACGGUGUUGCGCCAGCCGCGACAGGGAGAGAUGGUGGUGUCCAUGUCCGGCUCGCCGGUUAUGGUGCCGUCUUGUUACACUUUGAAACCUGACGAAAUGGCAAACUGCAACAUUCUCCUCCAAGACGGCACGAUGCUGUCUCUCCAGCCGAAGCAGCUGCGUCAGUCGCAGGCCUACAUACCGUUCUCGCUCAUGGACUCCAAAGUGCUCGACCAGCUCAAGACCCUCAAAGACAACUUGGACAAAGUGGUGAAACUUGGGGAAAAAGCUAUCAAGUGAUCUUAGCAUUAAACUAGUUGUUGAGGACAUUCCUACCUUUGGGAAUAUUCUAUAGUUAAUAACUUGCAGUUGAUGUUCUCUUCAUUAGCUGCGAUUUUACAAAGACCUCUUUUUAAUAUUUACCAGUAAUUAUUAGUGUACUAGUGAUUGGGAUAGUCCCAGGACUUGGUAACUAUAGGAAAUAUUAGUUUUAUGAGUGUGAAUGUUUUAUUGUUUAUGAAUUAAUUCUUAAUGUUAUGGCUGACUUGUGUAUGUACCUUUUUAAUUAUAAUUAUAGUAUUAAAAUCUUGACUUUUGACAAAAUGA